CUAUGCUUCUGCUCAGAAGCCCAGCUGUUUGGUUUCAGAAACAGAGAUACUAUUUCUGUCAUUUUCUCCUAUUACCUCCUAUAAUUUCAUCUCUUCUGCUGGCAAAUUAUCAACAGUUUGCAAAGGUUACUCCUGUAACUUUAAAGAUAAAGUAGCAACAAAGAGACUCCAUGGCAUGAAAGAAAGAUCAGUCAAGGUGGGUGAGAUGGACCAAGGAUUGGGACUCUGUAGAAAGUAUCACAGGUGUGGGGAGAUGUUACUCAGGGGAUUUUAUCAUUUCAUAAGACUUUUUUUUUUUUUUUGACUAGGCAUGUGACUGUGUGAAUAGGGAAGAGGGUUAAAGCACUUGGUUAUCAGGAGUUGGGCGGUAGCACAGCGGGUUAAGUGCAUGUGGCACAAGGUGCAAGGCCCAGCAUAAGGAUCCUGGUUCGAGCCCCCGGCUCCCCACCUGCAGGGGAGUCACUUCACAAGCGGUGAAGCAAGUCUGCAGGUGUCUGUCUUUCCCUCCCCCUCUCUGUCUUCCCCUCCUCUCUCCAUUUCUCUCUGUCCUAUCCAACAAUGACGACAACAACAACAACACUAGCUACAACAACAAUAAAAACAAGGGCAACAAAAAGGAAAUUAAAAAAAAAAGCACUUGGUUAUCUGUUAGAUUUAAAAAGAGGUCUUACCUGCUCUGUCUCUUACAUUUUAAAGAAAAUGCUGAAGGAAGUGAGAAACCACAGUGUUGUCUCCGAGUUCUUCCUCCUUGGGCUGUCUGCGGAUCCCCGGUUCCAGGCUCUGCUCUUUGUGCUGUUUUUAAUGAUCUACCUCCUGACUCUUCUGGGGAAUCUGCUGCUGUUGCUGCUGAUCAGGAUGGAUGCCCGCCUUCACAUCCCCAUGUACUUUUUCCUGGGACAGUUGUCUUUUCUGGAUCUCUGUCACUCCUCUGUCACUGUGCCCAAGUUGCUGGAGACCCUCCUGUCUGAGAAGAAAGCCAUCUCGGUGGAGGGCUGCCUGACUCAAGUCUUCUUCGUGUUUGCCACCGGGGGCACGGAAUCCUGCCUGCUGGCCGUCAUGGCCUAUGACCGCUACGUCGCCAUCAGAUCCCCUCUGCUCUACGGCCAGAAGAUGAGCAGACAGUUGUGUCGAAGGCUGAUUUGGGGUUCGUGGGGCUUGGCUUUUCUGGAUGCUUUCAUCAAUAUUCUUGUGGCUCUUGACUUAGACUUCUGCGAGGGUCAAAACAUCCACCAUUUCAGCUGUGAGUUGCCUUCUCUCUAUCCUUUGUCUUGUUCUGAUGUGUCUGCAAGUUUUACUGCCCUGCUCUGCUCCAGUAUCCUGCAUUUCUUUGGAAACUUCCUCCUGAUAGUCCUCUCCUAUGUGCGUAUUUUGUCCACCAUCCUGAGCAUCAGCUCCACCACAGGCAGAAGCAAGGCCUUCUCCACCUGCUCCUCCCACCUCACUGCAGUGAGCUUCUUCUAUGGCUCAGGCUUACUCCGCUACCUCAUGCCAAAUUCAGGAUCCACUCAAGAGCUGGUCUUUUCUUUGCAGUACAGUGUGGUCACUCCCAUGCUGAACCCCCUCAUCUAUAGUCUGAAGAAUAAGGAGAUGAAGGCAGCUAUGAGAAGAAUGCUACAAAAAUAUUUCUAG